AUGGCAGGUUUCUUGGAAAGGGAACCACCGUCUCCCGUCCAAGCAAACUUUCGAAUCCUUGGAGUCGAAACCGGACAGCCAGGGACAGCACCCUGGCCCGUCACCGACGCCAAUUUGUGUCCGGAGACCGGACCAUUUGCUCCGCGAUCUGCAACUUACCCUUCCGAAUACAUCACUUUCGAGGACCCCGAGGACAAGGAUGACAGUGCCGCGGCAGCUCGUACCUUCACUUCAGAUGGUUUGCCACUUGGUAGCGGCGACUUUGGACAUGGCCCCAUAGUUAUACCAGACGUUCCGACUUUCAUUCCUAAGUUUGGUCGCGCGCGUGGAAUGCAGUCGCGCAGCCCACAAGUCAGACCAGCUGCCAAGUCCUGGCUAGAGGGCCGGGAGGUGCGUGAACAGACACGGCCAUGGCACGAUACAGCUCCAGCUUCGUGGGCUACUUCUGAUGUUCCAGAAUCACCCCGUGGUGGGCUUGAGCAGGCGCAUGUCGAGACCACGGCUGCACAGGCCCCACUUCAUGCUCUUCCAGGUGGAUCUGGUGAUGACCUUGCCGUGCAGAUGCGCAUCAACAAGGCUCUCACCAGCGCAGCAAAGUCCAGAAAGGUUGACUGCAUCAGCAAGGUAUUGCGGGUCGCCGCGACCAACCUGCAUAUGAUGAAUGGGGUCAACUUGGCAACGGCGAUUCAUCGGCUCGCACGCACCUGUCAAGGGGCGCCAGCAAGUGUUGACCAGGUGACCCAGGAUCCGGUGUUCAAGCUUAUGCUGGAAAUGGCAGAGUGGAAAGGUCAGCAGGAGCUCCAACUUCAAGACUCCAGCAUGCCGGGGAAUUGCUGCACCAUCAUCACCUGGUCCUGCGCUGUGCUCCGCUUUUUUGUGCCCUCUUUGCUGGUAGUACUUGCAAGAGUCGCUGGCAGGUCCCUGGCGGAAUGCCAGUCCUUCGAGAUCACCAACAUGCUGUGGGGCUUCGCAGAGCUUUGCAAACGUGAGCCGCAAACGGCCGCGCACAUGGAGGGCAACAUCCAGGAGCUCGUGGAUGCCACGGCGCGUGUCAUGAUGGCUCGGGGACCAGGCUCGUGGAAGGUUCAGGUUCUCAUCUCAGCGCUGGUUUCCAUCACAGCGUUCCCGUUCGCAAGCCAACCCACUGCAAGGCUUCUCUUGCUGAGCAUUGUCCAGGAGCUCACGGAGCGAAACGCUGAACUGGAGACUGCGAAUUCGCAACCUGUAACGACAGCCUGCCACAUCCUGCGCUUGAAUCAUCCUCAGGUGUUCGAUGAGAUCAUGAACGUUCUUUCUGCGAAGAGGUCGUCCUUCCUGACGCGGGUCGUUCGUGACGGCAAUGCUUUUGUGGAAAGGCAAGGCAGGCGAGCCAUGUAG